AAUCAUCAGUUUUAUAACUGAAAAUGUACAGUUAUUUGUAAACUGACAGUGAAAAAUGACUCUGACUCCGAGUCCAAACUCUUGUGAUAUUGUAGCUCAAUGUACGGCAGUGCCUGGUAUGAAAGGGAAGAAAAACGCUGAACCUUUCCACACGCCCACUACUUUCCCUUCAACACGCCCACUCCUUUCCACACGCCCAAACUCCGGUCGCCAUAUUGGAUUGCAGCUACCCCUUUCUCUGCUAUUUUUGUAACUUGUGAUGCUAACUAGGCUGCUUGCCUGAGACUAGCUCUCGGGAACCCAAUGGUAUGGAAUUGUAGUCAUGAUAAUGGCAAGCCUGAGACUCCUAGCUAAUGUAAACCAACAACGCAGCUGUCUAGCCUUAUCUAGUAGUUACACCAUUAUACUCAGCAUGGCAAGUGAGCAGGAGGUAGUAGCAGUCGGCAAGAUUCUGGUCAACCCAAAGCAGGACCUAACAACACGGUUCAGAGCUCUCUUCACCUUGCGUAACCUGGGCGGACCAGAGGCCAUCGAAUGGAUCAGUCAGGCUUUUGUUGAUGACUCUGCUCUGUUGAAACAUGAGCUGGCAUACUGCCUGGGGCAAAUGCAGGAUGAGAGGGCCAUACCCACGCUAGAGACUGUUCUAAAAGACACAACACAGGAGCCUAUGGUCAGGCAUGAAGCAGGGGAAGCAUUAGGAGCUAUUGGGAACCUUAAAGUCCUUGACUUGCUGAAAGAGUACUCAGAGGACCCAGUCAUUGAGGUGGCAGAGACGUGCCAGUUGGCUGUUAGGCGGCUGGAGUGGCUGAUAUCUGGUGGGGACCAUAAAGGAGAAGAGGUCACCGAUGGAAACCCCUACUGUUCUGUGGACCCUGCUCCCCCAGCUCAGAGGAAGACUGUCCCUGAGCUGAGGACACAGCUCCUGGAUGAGAGCCUGCCGCUGUUUGAGCGCUACAGGGCCAUGUUCGCCCUCCGCAACCUGGGCACCGAGGAGGCUGUCCUGGCUCUAGGAGAUGGUCUUCAGUGUAGCAGUGCCUUGUUCCGCCAUGAGAUUGGCUACGUCCUGGGUCAGAUCCAGCACCCCGCCAGCAUCCCCCAGCUGCAGGCAGCCUUGGAGCUGAACGGGGAGAACGCCAUGGUGAGACACGAGUGUGCCGAGGCCCUCGGAUCCAUCGGCAAGGAGGAGUGUAUGAAGAUCCUGGAGCGCUAUAGGAAAGACACAGAGCGCGUGGUGAAGGAGAGCUGUGAGGUAGCCCUGGACAUGCUGGAGUAUGAGAACGGCACACAGUUCCAGUACGCUGACGGACUACUACGACUGCAGGGGGAACAGUAAGCAUGGACACCAGGAGAACUGCUAUACAGCACUAGAAGAGCUUUCUACAGAGGUCAUAACUCAUGAUCACUGAUACCCAUUUUCACUUAUUAAAACUAUCUGACUCUCGCCUGUCAUUUUUAGCCUUUGAGACAAGGCAGUGUAAUAAUUGUAUUACAGUACAUCUGAAUCCAUGUUGUGGUUAUUUUAUUUAUUGUUUUCAUGGAAUCUAUAUGAUUCAAUGGUUCAAUACCCCCCCCGAUCUCAGUGACCCAUUCACUUGUAUUUUGUAUUCCGAGUGAUCUGAUCAUAAGCAUCUGAAAUCGGGAAACCUGAUUGUGGAAGAUUGUUAAUCCACUUUUCAGCUGUGUCAUAUUCGCAUAGAUUUUAUCUUGGCGGAAAUAAAAUAAUAAUAAAACAAGGCUUAGAUAACCAAAUUA